GGAGGUUCACAGAGGCCUGAGCUUCAGGAAUCAUUCUCUGUGUAUGUUUGCUUAACAUAUAGCUGUAUAACCUCUGUUUUAUAUGGGUUAUUGUGUUAAAGUUGUGCAUUUCCAGAUAUUGAUUUACUUAAAUGUAUUUUCGGGGUUUUAAAAACAGUCUUCAUGUGAAUCUUCUGCCAUGAGAUGGUCAUCAUGGCAUCGCUGCUCUGCUCUCUUCAGGACCAUCGUGACGACGUGAACUGCCUCGCGCUCUCGGACCGUUUUCUGGCCUCGUGCUCCGGAGACAAAACCGUGCGCGUGUAUUCCUGCGAGGACUUCCGCGAGCUGCGCUUCUCUCCUCUGCGCGCGCACGCGUACGGCGUUCACUGCUGCUGCUUCAGUAGCUGCGGCCGCUAUCUGGCGUCCUGCUCCACGGACGCGCGCACCAUCCUCUGGAGCACGUGCACGGGCGCAGCCGUGGCCGCGCUGGAGCACCCGGCGCGCGCUCCCGUUCGAGUCUGCGCGUUCUCCCCUGACGCGCGCUCCCUGCUGUCCGGCGCGUGCGACGGGACUGUGGCGGUCUGGGAUGUGACGUCAAAGACGCUGCAAAGAUGUGCUAAAGUCAGUGAGGGCAGCGUCCUGGCCUGCUGUUUCUCACCGUGUGGACAGAUGUUCAUCACAGGCUCCAGUCAGGGUGAACUUCAUCUCUGGACGCUGAGUGUGAAGACUUUACACAUGCAGAGAGAAGCUCAUGAUCUGGGAGUCAACUGCUGCCACUUCUGCCCUCAGAUGAGCAUGGAUGGCCAGACAGUCAAGUUUCGAUUGGCCUCUGGUGGGCAGGAUAACAGACUAAGGAUAUGGAUUAUUUCCCAGCAUGCAACAGCAGGUUAUGAGAUGUCACUGCUCUAUACUCUCUCUGCUCAGUCUGCUCCUGUCCUCUGCUGUGCGUUCUCAUUUGACGGACAGCUGCUCGUCUCUGGGUCUGUUGAUAAAACAGUGACCGUAUACGAUGUGAAUCAUGGAGAACUUCUACACACUCUGACGCAGCAUGACAGAUAUGUGACUGCAUGUGCAUUCUCUCCCUGCAUGUUGAUGUUUGCAUCUGGCUCUAUGGAUAAGACGGUGAAUAUCUGGAGAAUUGGAGAUGGAAAUGCUGAAGCAUCUGAACCAUUGAAAAUGUCGGUCCAAGGAAGGAAGUCACUGGGCUACUCCAGAACGCUGGUCAGCGAUUGGUCAGAGGAGGAUGUGAGCGAGUGGCUCUGUGAUGAAGGAUUUGAAGCUCUGGUGGACACGUUUAGGGCCCACAACAUUGACGGGGCCGAACUCAUCAGCUUAAACACAGAGACACUGACCACUGAGUUUAACAUUGAGUCGGUGGGUCUCCGGGGUCGAGUCCUGAGGAAGAUUAAGGAUCUGAGAUCUUCACUGAUGGACUCUGAUGUUCCUGAUGAGUUCCUCUGUCCCAUCACCAGAGAGCUCAUGAAGGACCCCGUCAUCGCUGCAGAUGGAUUUUCCUAUGAAAGAGAGGCGAUGGAGAGCUGGAUCAACACUCCCAAUCGCUCCAGCCCGAUGACCAACCUGCCUUUGCAAACCACGCUACUGACCGCCAACAGAAGCCUGAAGACGGCCAUACAGCGCUGGAAGAGCAGCCACUGAGCGAACAUUUUAAUAAACUAAAGAACCUUUAUAGAACGGAAAGAUUCCAUGGAUCUUUAAAGGGGUCAUGAACUGCCUUUGUUUUUUAUUUUGUACGGUUCUCUGAGGUCCACUUAGUGUUAUCAAGAUUUUUACAUUAAAAAAACAGCAUAAUUUAGAGGUUUUAACCCCCCUCAUCAGAACGCUCUGUUUUAAUGGGCGUGGCGGAUUGUAGACUCUGAAGUAAACGCCCACAGCUAUGAUUGGCUAACAGUUGUGUGACAGCCUGCGUCCUUCACGGAUGGAUGCUGCAGUGAUUUAGGUCAAAAAUGCAUAAAUGCUCAGUACAUAUCAAACGAUCUGUUUAACAGACAAAGCAAUAGUGAUCAUGUAAUGAAAACAGUUACGCACACUUGUCGGAUCCAAUAUAGUCGGCACAGUAUCGUCGUUUAGUUUAGUUACAGGAUGUUUUAUAAUACAAUGACUUCUUCCCUUGUCAAAAGAUCAAGGGAGUUUUGAUUUCUCAGUUCAUGACCCCUUUAAGGUUCUUCAUGGAAUCAUGAAUCUGAUAAAGAAUCUUUACUUUUAGCAUUGUAGAUAAAAAAGGUCUUGUCUUCAAUGCUGAAUUAAUUCUCAUUGACAUUAAAUGUAAGAACUGACGCUUUAAUAAUCCAAGUAUCAGUACGACAUCAACAGAUUUUCUCCUACAACAACUUCAAGCAUUUUGCUUUGUUCAUGUUUAUCACUUUACAAGCGUUACUGUUUUACUAGUUCACACAGCUCUGUCUGUAUGAUGGUCUCAAUAGAGUUGUUCAGCUGAGGGUAAUUUGAGGCUUUCGGGUUGAACAGGCGCUGCAGAAGUCAAGCUAAUGUACCUUGAUUUGAAUAGAGCCGUUCAACAGAGGUCAGAAAGACAUUUAACUGCGUAAAUGCAUUUCUACUCAAAAUAGCUCAUGGACAGAACAUUGCUGAGCAUUCUGGGAAAAGCUUUUACCAGUUGAUUCCACAAUCAUAAAGCUAACAUGUCGGUGCCCAAACACUCAUGAAUAAAAUAUAUAACACAACUACCAACACUGACUGAUUUUGCUUCUCAUGAGCUUUUUGAUUUUAAUGCUUCUUUAAAGCUUCAGAUUAAUGCAGACAAAUACAUUUUGCUAAUUGUGCUACUUAGUUUUAAAAAAUAUAUAUUUUGGCUAUAGUAAAAAAAAAAAAACACAUGGAAACUUCGGUUUAUGGCUUUAAUAUUGUGUGAGAAAUAAAACGUAAUAUUAAAUGUGGGCUGUAAAGUAUGCUGAAGCCUGCUAGUGUGCAUAUAUUUGACAGGUUUUGUUUCUUUUUCUAGUGGGACUUUUAUUUCCUGAAAUGGAAAACUUAUUUUUAAUACAAAGUGCAUAAGUGAUCACAAUCCAUGAGACACCAGGGGCCCGUUUCAAUAAGGAGGUUCAACCAACUCUGAGUUUAAACUUGAACUCUGAGUUGACUUACCGUGAGACAGGAAACUCUGAGUUUUCGGUUUCAGAACGGCUGAAUUGUGUUAGUUUAUUCAACUCUGAGUAGGUUGAGUCUGAGUUUAGCGCAUGCACCACGACUCAGAAAAGUCAUGACCAGUGGAGCUCCAAAAUUAUGAUUCACCAUGGCAACGGCUCCCGCCAAAAAGACAUUCGCAUACUUUCGAGUCAAUGCGUAACUUUGAUUCUUAAUAACUGUCAAUAACUGUUAUAAUAUCAGAAUAAAAUGAACUACUGACUUGUCGACAGCAAGAAGGCAGAGGAAGAACCUGCAGCAGAACCACUGAUAGAUGAAGAGAUGGUCAUGUAUUGGAAGAAUUUUAAAAUCCUGUAUGAAGAAUAACUUUUGCUUUUGUAUUUGUA